AUGUUUAGCCAAGAGUCAGCAACUACGCCGGGGCCAGCAACAGCGGAAGUUUCAUUGCAAACGGAUCAAUCGGACUGGCAAAAAUGUGAGGAAUAUUACCAGCUAGCGGAACAGAUACUAUCUAAAGAGACGGGCAUGCCUUCUCUGGAAUCGGCGCAAGCAAGAUUCCUAACCGUGUUAUAUCUUCUUGGCACCUCACGGAUGAAUCAAGCCUGGUUCAACUUUGGUCAAACGGUGCAGUUAUUGAUGACGAUUGGAGUACACCGGAAGCAGGCUCGCUUAGAUUCUACCACGAUUGAAAUAACUCUUCAAUGCUCUAAGCGCUUGCUUUGGUGUUGCUUUACGCUAGAUCAAUACCUCAGCCUCAUACUGGGUCGACCACGACUUCUUCGGGAAGAAGAUAUUGAUCAAGAAUACCCGUCGCUCAUCAAUGACGAGAACAUCGGGUCAACGCAGUCUGGCUCAUCCCGGGCUAGGAAUUGUUUGAUGGAUGCCCCAGUUUGUCAUGCGAAGCUAUCACGUAUCCUGGGCAAAGCUGCUCAAGAGCUAUACUCGAUUCAAUCCACUGAAAAGACCCGUGAUAUGGACAGCAUGAUAACCCUCUUGGAGCAAAUCAAAGAAUGGCAGUCCGCGCUUCCACCAUUACUCGGUGACUCAGUCUGUCCCAGUAGCCUCAUCUCGAUAUUUCAAAGGCAGUUGACAGUCAUUAGACUCGCUCAUUAUCACGCUAUUAUGUUCGUGACACGCCCACUACUUCUUUUUGACCUUUCUGAGGAGCCAGAAAAUCCGGUCCUUAAAAGAAGUCUUCUACAUUGCAUCACCACCGCGCAAAAAACACUUGAUUUGAUUCUGGAGCUCGUCCAAGAACAUCAAUUGUUGCCAACUUUUUGGUAUACACAGUACAUCGCUUUCAACGCUUUAUCGAUCGCUUACAUUUACCUCAUCAACUCUAAGAAAGGACGCAUUCCACCUGAUUGGGCUACGGAAAGUGACACUAAUGAAUCGGCAACUCAAGCACUGGCUCAAACCUCAUUAUAUGAAUUGGCCGAAAAGACGCAGUACUACCUUGGGCGAGCCACUGAGAUGAAUUCCCUUGCCUGGCGGUACACAGUUGUGCUAGAUGCCCUAAAAUCCGAAUGUCACAGGCACAUUAUCGGGCUGAUCAAUGUCGCAAAGAGCCAUCCAACUUCCAUUCGGCCUAGCCGAGGCCCAGAGUCGAACCCGCGGUCUCGAGCAGGCUCAUCGGCCGAAGCGUCGCCCGAGAUUGGAAUCACAGCCGAGCAGUCACCAUUGGACUGGGAAUGUUCCCAGCAGCUCUUGGGAAACCCAUUAAAUGCAGAUCUUCAAGAAUCAGCAGCGCUCUAUGGGAUUGAAACUCUUUUUCCCCACAAUGGGGCCUACAGAGCAACCAUUUCUGGAUUUUUGGCCCCAAUUGGAUCGCCUUCCUACAUGUAA